GUAGACGAGGAGGUUUCAGACGUCAAACAUAAUCAAACAUGGCUAAAGCACAAAUAUGUCUUUGUUUCAUCAUCUUCUUAUUCCUUUGGUCAGAAGGAAAUUUCAUGAAAGUAGCCAAGGCAGAUCGCUCCGGAGAUUGGUGUGUUGCUAAACCUUCUACGGCUAACGAAAGGCUUCAAGAAAACAUAAACUUUGCGUGUUCGAAAAUUGAUUGUCAGAUUAUAUUGGAAGGAGGUGCAUGUUAUUUACCCGAUAAUCUCAUUAGUCGUGCUUCUGUUGCCAUGAAUCUUUAUUACCAAGCUCAAGGAAGACAUUUUUGGAACUGCAAUUUUGAAGGCUCUGGUCUCAUCGGCAUAACUGAUCCUAGCUACGAAGGUUGCAUUUAUCAAUUUCGUAAGUAAAACAUAUCAAAGUUCGAUCUUGUUGCAAGAAGAUAGAGGCUGUAUCUGAAAUUUCCUAUUAAUAUUUAAACUUUGGAUGUUUUAAUUCGAUUUUUCAGCAGUUAAAUGUUUGAGAUUUAAUAUAUUUAUCAAUACUUC